ACCCGCUACUCUUCAAAACACAGCUGAGGCGGCCGCCGCAGCUGUGCUCUUGUUUCUAACAUUAUUAUUGCUCAUUUUCCCCGUCUAGCUGCGCGGCAGGCAACAUGAGACUCCUCGCUGUAGCCGUGUUGUUGUGUUCUAUCGCCUCGUGCCAUGGAGGACUAUUCUCGUGGUUAUUUAAAGGGAAGAAGAAUAAGGAGCCAGCCGUGGUCAUCAACACUGAUGGUGCCAAGGGUGAUGUCAAUGCAGAUGCAGGCAGUGUGACUGAUAUUUCAAUUUCACCUAAAAUACCAUUCGAGUUAAAGUCUUCAGACGAGAAGUUUUUAAUGCUGGCUGCUGCUUAUACAUCUUUGAAGCUGUCUGAUUUAGAUGUUUGUCAUCAUAAGGUUGUUAUCGGACUACACUCGACUUGUUCCGAGUUAUCUGAAGAAGACCUAUCAAAAGUAGCUGUUAACCUACUCAAUUGUCAGUCGGUUGCAGAAGGUCGACCAAUUUUUCCAUGUACGAAUGACAUGACACUUGCAGAAUGUACAAAGGAUAUGGAUCCCAAUACGUGGAAUGCUUAUCACAUUAUUUCUAAUCGCGCGAGAGCCGUUUGUUAUGCAUCACGUCAAGAACAGUUUGGGGCAAAGACACAGAUGGCUGUGAAUAUGUUAAUGCAUACUGCUGAAGAACAAAUAAAAACAAUGGAUGGUUUGCAGGAGGGUCAAGAAGCUCUUGGGAAAGCAACCUCAAAAACUUUGGAGACUCUUAGUGAUGGACAUGAGCACCUCAAACAGCAGCAGCAACAGCUGUCAACAGCCCACCAAGCAAUUCACAGCUUUGUUUCAUCUAAUCUUCGAGAAUUGUCUAGAGAGAAGAAACUUAUUGCAUCAGGACAGAAGGAGCUUGCUCACAUUACAGAGGCCAUUAAACGAAAACUGGAUGAAGCUCAACAGCAGUUGAUGUUACAGGAGAACAGUCAGAGAGAGGUUCAUGGCACUAUUCUUAAUGAUCUUUCAAAGAUACAAGAUAAUGCUCUUGAAGUCUGGCAGAAAUUAGAUGCAAGUACUCAAAAAAUUCUGUCGGCGCAUGAGGAGACUGUUCAACAGUACGGUCGACUUACACAGGAUUUACAACGAAUGAACGAGACUGUGCAUCAUUUAAUGGAUGUACUGCAUGCCACCAGACGUGGGGUGGAAGACAAGUUAUCUUGGAUAAGCUCUCUUGUUGGUGGCACUGACAACACUAUUCAGAAGGUGUACAGCUGUGUGCUCCAUGCUGGCUUCUUCUUCUUGGCAAUGUUGGCCUACAGCUUUCUCCAGGUUCCGUUCAUGACACGCAUGGCUCUUGUGGUGCUGGUGCCACUCAAUGCUUUUGCGGAAGUGAAACACGACACCAGUCUUCAUUUUUCUACCCUCGCUACCAUUUUGGCUCUGUGUAUAUUAGUGAAUUUGACCUUUUCAUUCCUUUGGGGUAUUUAUCGUUGGCAAAGGAAGGAAAGGCACAUUGCAAGUGCAGGAAUCCUUCCACCAGUGACGUAUCAGCUCUCGUCUACAAUUUCUUCUCCACAGUUCCAACAGUUACAUGGUACAGGAGUUGAGAUAACAUCACCUGCAGAAGAGCAGCCUGAUAUGAGUGCUAGUGGUUCUUCAUUCUGCCUUGGCAACAAUAUUGUGAAAGUGGAUGACACAAAGGAAGACCCUACCGAUGACUACUCCAGUGAUGAUGAGCUGCCGCCCCCUAUAUCAUCAGCAAGAAGCCCCUUUUUCCGUAGAAGGAUCAUAGGAAGGAAAGUGGAACAAACUAGCUCUUCAAAUAAUUCACACGAUUAUGAGAUUGUGGAAACUAAGGUUGCCGACCUUAAGAGCAGUACGUCUGAUCCUGCAAGCGGUCCUGAGUCACCAGACAAGGAAAAGGCAGUUGCAAGUGUACGACGCCAUUUGCUUAAUCAACUGAACGGCUCCGUGUCAUCAGUGAUGCGUCACAACCUCUCUCUAGAUAGCAGAAGUCUGACAAGCAGCAGCCCAAUUAAAGAAGUUCGAACACCUCGCAGUGGUACACCAUCUAGGACAAUGACUCCUAGAAGUCUUUGUGCUUCAUUGUGCAAAAAUGGACAACUGUGUCGGAAUUUUGCAAGUGGAGACAGUUCGUAUUGCUUUCGUCACGAGAGAAGUUCACGAGAGAGCACGCCCUUCCUCGGCACUAGAGGUUCACGUGACAGCACUCCUCUUGGCACUAGGGGUUCCUGGGAAAAAUCUCUCUUAAAUGAUGAUUUUAUUGUUGCUUCCUAAAUGUUACUUGGUACUAGUACUGUAAAAGUUAUGGUAUUUAUAAUUUUUUAUUUUAUCUUUAUCUAAACGAAAGUAUCUGUGUAGAUGUAACGAAUUUGCAAGUCUCCAUUGGUAAGGCAUUUAACAUUACAUGUAUUUGCAUUGUGCAUUUUAUUGUUGAUCAUUACAUUUUAAUGUGUUCGUUGAUUUUGUCCAAACUUACAUUUCUGCAGUUAACCUUUUAGACAUCAAUCAUAACACCAUACACUAGUCGUCUUUGUUAUCUAGUCUUUAUCUGUCUUAAUCAAUAAUUAGCAUAUUAAUUUUAAUUUAUCAUAAAUGGCAUUUAUUCCAUUUUAAGGUUUAAUUUUUAAUACAGAUUGCCUAUCGACUGUUAAAAAAAAAUAAUCUACUUGAAUGUGAACAAUUGUGAUUAAAUAAAAAGCUUUGCUUUAUUACAAUUAACCUUAUAUAGUAUUAGGCAUGUUUCCAGAUCGCAGUCUUAACCAUGUGGUGGUCAGCCACUUUUGCUGUACAUAUCUUUGGGAAGUGGAAUUUUUAUGGGUUGACCGAGCUUCUGAUGUUGGCGUGCUCUGUAGUUAUUUAUACAGUACUAUUAAUCAUUGCAUUUACUUGUCAGUGGUUGGUGUUGUAAACAGUACUCUACACUAUUUUAUCAAUUUAGGUGCACUUUUUUUACAAUAAAUAUUCAAUUCCGAUUGGCAAGGAAAAAUUGUGCAGCUAAUGUGAAACUUGACCAUAGUGUGAAUUUGUACUUAAUAAAGUUUUGUGGUGUAAA